GUGUGCCACCCUCGGGCUCGCGCACCUCCCCAAGAUGGCGGCGCCCGAGGCCUGGCGCGCCCGGAGUUGCUGGUUCUGUGAGGUAGCGGCGGCAACGACCAUGGAGGCCACGUCCCGGGAGGCGGCGCCAGCGAAGAGCUCGGCCUCGGGCCCCAGCGCUCCCCCCGCCCUGUUCGAGCUGUGCGGGCGGGCAGUGAGCGCCCAUAUGGGGGUUCUGGAGAGCGGGGUGUGGGCCCUCCCAGGUCCAAUACUUCAAAGCAUCUUACCUCUGCUCAAUAUAUAUUACUUGGAGAGGAUUGAGGAAACUGCCCUCAAAAAAGGUCUCUCCACUCAGGCCAUCUGGCGCCGACUCUGGGAUGAGCUGAUGAAAACGAGGCCUUCCAGUUUGGAGAGUGUGACUUGUUGGCGAGCCAAGUUUAUGGAAGCUUUUUUUUCCCAUGUUCUGCGUGGAACCAUUGAUGUAUCUUCUGAUAAGCGCCUCUGUGACCAGCGCUUCUCACCUCUCCUGCACAGCUCCCGCCAUGUUCGACAGCUCACCAUCUGUAAUAUGCUGCAGGGAGCAACUGAGCUAGUGGCUGAGCCAAACCGCAGGGUUCUAGAGACCCUGGCGAGUUCCCUGCAUACCCUCAAGUUCCGCCACCUGCUGUUCUCUGACGUGGCUGCUCAGCAGUCACUGCGACAGCUGUUGCAUCAGCUCAUUCACCACGGAGCUGUUAGCCAAGUGUCGCUGUACUCAUGGCCUGUGCCUGAGUCAGCCCUUUUCAUCCUUAUCCUCACCAUGAGUGCUGGCUUUUGGCAGCCAGGCCCUGGCAGCUUGCCUUGCCGCCUCUGUGGGGAAGCCUCCCGAGGCCGGGCCCCAUCCCGAGAUGAAGGGUCCUUAUUGCUAGGCUCACGCAGGCCUCGGCGGGAUGCAGCAGAGCGAUGUGCUGCAGCACUGAUGGCCACCCGGCGGAAGAGUGAAGUCAAGCAGAUGCCCAGGGCUGUACCUACCACUCGCGUCACACGCCGCAGCACACAAGAAAGCCUGGCAGUAGGCGGGACAGACUCUAAGAGGGAGUUGAACCCUCCAGCCACCUCUUAUGAGGCUUCUGGCACCAAGCAGCCAUCCUCUGGUCCAGCUGCCACCUCCUCUGCCUCCUCUUCUACAUCAUCCAAACGGGCUCCCGCAAGCUCAGCCUCUCAGCAUAAGCCCUUAAAGCGUUUCAAACGAGCUGCAGGGAAGAAGGGUGGCCGCACCCGUCAGGGGUCUGGUGCAGAGUCUGAAGACCUAUAUGACUUUGUUUUUAUUGUGGCUGGUGAGAAGGAAGAUGGUGAAGAGAUGGAGAUUGGGGAAGUAGCCUGUGGAGCUCUGGAUGGAUCAGAUCCCAGCUGUUUGGGGCUCCCAGCACUGGAGACAUCCCAGCGAUUCCGCAGCAUUUCCACCCUGGAGCUGUUCACAGUUCCUCUCUCCACAGAGGCAGCUCUGACACUGUGCCACCUGCUGAGCUCCUGGGUAUCACUGGAGAGCCUUACACUUUCCUACAAUGGCCUGGGCUCUAAUAUCUUCCGCCUGCUAGACAGCCUGCGGGCUCUGUCAGGCCAGGCUGGAUGCCGCCUCCGUGCCCUGCAUCUCAGUGACCUGUUCUCACCGCUGCCCAUUCUGGAGUUGACGCGUGCCAUUGUACGAGCUCUUCCCCUGCUGCGGGUCCUGUCUAUUCGUGUUGACCACCCAAGCCAGAGGGACAAUCCUGCUGUACCAGAGAAUGCUGGGCCCCCUAGCCACAUAGUUGGGGAUGAGGAAAUACCAGAGAACUGCCUAGAGCAAUUGGAGAUGGGAUUUCCAAGAGGGGCUCAGCCAGCCCCACUGCUAUGCUCUGUUCUCAAGGCCUCAGGUUCCCUACAGCAGCUGUCACUGGACAGUGCCACCUUUGCCUCUCCCCAGGAUUUUGGGCUUGUGUUGCAAACACUCAAAGAAUACAACCUAUCUCUGAAGAGGCUGAGCUUCCAUGAUAUGAAUCUUGCAGACUGUCAGAAUGAGGUGCUCUUUUUGCUACAGAAUCUGACCCUUCAAGAGAUUACCUUCUCCUUCUGCCGUCUGUUUGAAAAGCGCCCAGCCCAAUUUCUUCCUGAGAUGGUUGCUGCUAUGAAGGGCAACUCUACACUGAAGGGCCUUCGACUCCCAGGGAACCGCUUGGGAAAUGCUGGCUUGUUGGCCCUAGCAGAUGUUUUCUCAGAGGAUUCUUCCUCUUCUCUCUGUCAGCUGGAUAUCAGCUCCAACUGCAUCAAGCCAGAUGGGCUUCUGGAGUUUGCCAAGCGACUGGAGCGCUGGGGCCGUGGGGCCUUUGGUCACCUACGCCUCUUCCAGAACUGGCUGGACCAGGAUGCAGUCACAGCAAGGGAAGCAAUCCGGCGGCUACGAGCUACCUGCCAUGUGGUUAGCGACUCGUGGGACUCAUCCCAGGCCUUUGCAGAUUAUGUCAGCACUAUGUGAUGGGGCCCAUACCUCACAGGCCCAUCCUCAGUACCGUCAGCUUGCAGGGGCUGAGGAUGGGCUGCCCAGAAUCCCCAACCACUGAUUCUGUCAUUCUCCUUCUGCCACUGUCUAGUUUUUUGUUCGUUUGUUUGAUUUUGUUUUUUCCCCAUCUUCCCUUGCACUGAGGUCCUGGAGGCCCUGAUGAGGUCCAGCAAAGGCAUUCUCAAAGCUGAGUUCAGAGGCUUUGGGCCACUUACUCAGUACCCUGGGAACCGCAGGCCAGGUUAUAGGUCAUUAUCUUCACUGAGGAAAGCCUCUUUCUCCUGCCCUAGGGCUACCUGCCUCCUUCCUCAAGCAGGCACCCAGGCUUUAGAGAAGCAUAGGAAUGCCCACCACCGGGCCUCUUCCCUUCUGGGCUUACCAGUCUGUUCCCAGGCCUCAGUCCCUUUCAUGCCUUUAUUCCUUUCUUUUUUUUUUUUUUUUAAACCAAAAAAGUUUUUCUUAUAAAAUAAAUUUUGGGCAAACAUCAUGCAGCCCUUCUUCAUUAUUUUCUCCCAGAGAACAAAACUGAACAGCCUCAUGAGACAGAGAACCCCCUUUCCCAGUAUCCUUUCUCUAGCCACUACUCCAGACCAGCUGGUUAUCAAUGGAGACCCCGCUGCUCCUCAUGAGAACGCUGGUGGAAGACGAAGGUGACGACUGUAGAUGAAGCAUCCCAGGCAGCCUGGAGUACCUCAUCCUGGAGCCCCCGUUUAUCUGUGCUAUGGUUCCACUGAGCCAGAUCUGAAGUGCAGUCAGAACCAUCAGGGGGUGGCCAGACCUGGCGGCUGUUUACACAGCGGCGGCAAUGCAGCCUGGGGUCAGAGGACAGAGUUGUGGUCACUACAGAUCUUAUUUCUGUGCUGCUCAGGUAGCUCAGAGAUAAUGACAAGGGCACUCGCCUACCUGUCAUGUGUGUCACUGAGGCUGGCUUCAUCCAGGGUGAACAGCUCUUUCAGCUCACCAAGUGAGAAAUGUCUCUCCACAUCCUGCUCCUCAUCAACCACACAGCUGCUCAGUGCCUUCUUGUGGCUCUGCCGCUGAAAGAUCUUCUCCUCUAUGGUUCCAGUCUAGAAGUAGGGAUGAAAUGCAGGGCUCAGUCACCCUGUAGAUGCCCAGGGAGCAGGAAAACCAGGGGUGAAAGACAUCUUGAAAAGGAGCAAUAAACGCAAAGUACAAAUCCUGAGCUAA